CGUUACAAUGACGAAGGGAACGUCAAGUUUUGGAAAGCGGCGAAAUAAGACCCUCACAUUAUGCGGAAGGUGUGGGCGUAGUUCAUAUCACAUUCAAAAAUCGCAGUGUGCUCAAUGUGGGUAUCCCAGGAAGAAGAUGAGGUCUUACAACUGGUCUAUUAAGGCUAAGAGGAGGAAGACCACUAGAACCGGUAGAAUGCGCACAUUGAAAAUCGUUCGCCGCAAGUUCAAGAACGGUUUCAGAGAAGGCGUGCCAAAACCAAAGGUAGCCGUCGCUGCGAAAUAAUUGUAUGGACUUUAUACGUAAUGGAAUAAUUAAAGUUUGUAAUAAAAAAAAAAAAAAA